GCUGGUUUGAGAGUCUGGCUGCAAACCCACAGAAGCAGUAACAGCUCUUGCUUUAGAAAAGAAGGGAACUAAAACUGAUUAAUCUGGGAGGACACAGGAAGUUUCUCAGGGUGGUUUUGCAACUGAGAAUAGUAACUCUGAGUUUUCUAACUUUUAGUAGUGACACUAAACGUUUAGGUGAUGGAGGACAGGAACUAUCCAGGGAAGGUACCUGUUGUUGAAGAAACAAAUGUCAAAGUGCUUUUUGACACUGAGGCGUCGCUGGAGCCUGAUGGAAAUGUUGACUACGGGAUCACAGGGGCAAACUCCAUCUACUCAGCCAUUCUCAGCAGAAACGAGGCUGUCAAAGAUGCCAAGCGCCUCAAGACUUUUUUAGAGCUGAGAGAUAAAUAUGUGAUGAAAAAUGUUCUGUUUGAGGACCCUCUCUUCCCUGCAAACGACUCCUCACUUUUUUACAGCCAGAAACCUCAGAUGAAGUUUGAGUGGAAACGUCCCUCAGAAAUCUGUGAAAACCCUCAGUUCAUUGUUGAUGGAGCCAACAGAACAGACAUCUGUCAAGGAGAACUGGGGGACUGCUGGCUGCUUGCCGCCAUUGCCUGUCUGACUCUGAAUGAGAAGCUGCUGUACAGAGUGAUUCCUGCAGAACAGAGCUUCACGGAAAAUUACGCCGGGAUCUUCCACUUUCAGUUCUGGCGUUAUGGUGAAUGGAUCGAUGUGGUUGUGGAUGACCGCAUCCCCACCUGCAACAACCUGUUGGUUUUCACCAAAUCUUUCAGGAAGAACGAGUUCUGGAGCGCUCUGUUGGAAAAAGCUUAUGCCAAGUUGCAUGGAUCUUAUGAGGCACUGAAAGGGGGUAACACGUUGGAAGCCAUGGAGGAUUUUACAGGUGGAGUCACAGAGUUUUUUGAGCUGUCAGAGGCACCCGCUGAUCUCUUCACCAUCAUGAGGAAGGCGCUGGAGAGGGGCUCACUGAUGGGGAGCUCCAUUGAUGUUUCCUCAGCCAGUGAACUGGAGUCCCGGACAGAAGAAGGGCUGGUCAGGGGUCAUGCCUACUCCAUCACAGGCCUGGAAGAGUGCGAGGAAGUCUCAAAGGACACCAGAAUCCGCCUGAUUCGUUUGCGCAAUCCCUGGGGAUUUGUGCUCUGGAAGGGACGCUGGAGUGCCAAUUCAGACGAGUGGUCGACCAUCUCCACUGCAGACAGGGAGAAUCUGAAGAAACAAACUGUGGAGACAAGUGAGUUCUGGAUGUCCUUUGAUGAUUUCAAGCAGACCUUUACUAAACUGGAGAUGUGCAACCUCACCCCCGACGGGCUGCAAGGCGAUGAACGGCACACAUGGACGGUAUCAGUCAAUGAAGGCCGCUGGGUGAAAGGCAGCUCUGCUGGUGGCUGCAGGAACUUCCCAGAAACAUUUUGGACAAACCCUCAGUAUCGGCUCCAGCUGUAUGAGGAGGAUGACGACCCAGAGGACGGGCAGGUGGUCUGCACUGCUGUUGUGGCGCUGAUGCAAAAGGGUCGGAGGAUGCAGCGCCAUAAAGGAGCAAAAUUCCUUACCAUUGGAUUUUCUAUCUAUGAGGUGCCAGAAAAGAUGCGAGGGCAGAAUCAACAUCUGCAGAAGGACUUCUUCCUCUAUACAGCCUCCACAGCUAAAUGCAAGAGCUACAUCAACCUGCGUGAGGUAACGGAGCGUUUCCAGCUGCCUCCAGGAGAGUAUGUCAUCAUCCCCACGACCUUUGAACCCCAUGAGGAGGGAGAAUUCAUCCUCAGGGUCUUCUCAGAGAAGCAGAGCACAUCUGAGGAAGCGGAGAGCACCAUCGAAACUGAUCAAACACAGCAAGACAAGAAAAAGAAAAGUAAGCCUAUUGUGUUUGUAUCAGACAGAGCGCGUGCCAACAAAGAAAUCGAACAUGACGGCAUUCAAGGGGAGGGGAGGAAGAAACCAAAGCAGAAACUGUUUCAACCUGAAGAAGAGACUGAGGAAGAGAAAAGGUUUAGAGCCAUUUACAAACAGAUUGCGGGUGAGGACAUGGAGAUCUGUGCAAACGAACUUAAGAAGAUCAUGAUGAAUGUUCUUUCUAAACAUAAUGAGAUAAAGACAGAAGGCUUCAGCCUGGAGACGUGUCGAAGUAUGAUCGCCUUAAUGGAUACUGACGGAUCGGGGAAGUUGAACUUCCAGGAAUUUAAACACUUAUGGAAAAAGAUCAAGGCGUGGCAGCUUAUCUUCAAACGGUAUGAUGAAGACAAAUCCUGCUCCAUCAGCAGCUUUGAGAUGAGGAACGCCGUCAGCGAUGCAGGGUUUCACCUCAACAAACAGUUGUACGACAUCAUAGCCAUGCGAUACGCAGAUGAACACCUCAACAUUGAUUUUGACAGCUACAUUUGCUGUUUUGUGAGACUAGAGGGCAUGUUCAGGGCAUUUAAUGCCUUCGAUAAAGAUGGAGAUGGAAUAAUCAAACUGAAUGUCCUGGAGUGGCUUCAGCUGACCAUGUACUCCUAGAUGUUGUCCAGGACAGCCAGCGAUCUACUAGAUCACACCUCAGUUGAGACUUUCUGUCCAGUUAGUGCAGUUAGAGAGAGGUUGUGGUGCUAAACUUUUGCUUAAGCAUUUAUCCUUCUCUUGUCAAAGUUUUAACUUCAGCUCUGGGGAACAAAACAAAAAAAAAAAAGAUUAAAGAUUAAUGUUAUAAAUUUGAAAGAACCUGUUUAAAAGAAUAGAAAUAAACAUGGAAAGUUUGAAUUUUUAUUGAUGUAAACAUACAGUAAGGAUUAAAAUAAAUACAUACUGUGGGGAAUAUAA